AUGCCCAAGAAUGCAGGAAACUAUAUGAGAGAAGCUACUCUGAGAUUUGAUCAAGAUAGGGUAGCCGCAUUCACGUUGCGGUUGCAGCGGCAAGAUAAAUUCGCGUAUGCGUUUGGCCUAAAAACCGCGGUGGCUACUUCUUCUUCAUCAGCUCCUCAUUUGUAUCUAGCAAGAGCUAACCUGCGAGCUGUGGCGUCAAGAGCUGUUCGCAGGCAAGUACAGUAG